AUGGGAAAGGCUACGACGAUCCUCGCGGCGUUGCGACGACCGUCCGAGGCGCGCGCGUUGGUCAACUACACCGUCUGGCGCGAUCCUCUGCACCGCAUCGAGGACAACCCGGAAUCAGGAUGGUCAGUCACGCAGCGUAUCGUUUCUUAAUGCGUGCGCUUACUGACGCCACGCCGAUACUGUUGUACCUGCCUCCAUCCCUUUUCUCCGCUCAAUGCCCCUGCUCCCCAUCGCGUCGAUCCGGCGCAUCGCACCUCGUGACGACCCCCCACUCUGACCACGUCCAUGCAACGGAUGCGACAUCCGUCCACUAGGGACCGUGAAGAGAUGAAGCAAUGCUGGGGCCUCCUCGACGCCACCUCGCGAUCGUUCGCCGCCGUCAUCAAAGAACUCGAAGGCGAUCUGUCUAGAGUCGUCAGUCACCUCGCUGGGUCGCCCCCACCCACACUUCCGCCCUGUACAGCCGGCUCAUCUCGUUCUUCCGUUCCACACACAGAUCGCUCUGUUCUACCUCAUUCUACGAGGGUUGGACACGAUCGAAGACGACAUGACGCUCGACAUCGACGCCAAGGUACCUCUUUUGGUCAACUUCCACGAGAGGCUCGAGCAGGACGGGUGGAACUUUACUGAAUGUUCGUGUAGGGUUGCCGGCAUUAGAGCCCACAGGGACAAUAAGCUGACGUACUGUUCUUACAGCCGGACCGAACGAAAAGGACCGCGCCCUGUUGGUCGAUUUCCAGGUCGUGAUUGCCGAGUACAAGCGUCUCGGACCCGAGUCAGUCUCGAGACAUUUCUCACGGUCUGCGCUUACGAGUGCUGACGAGCUCUCCUCACCUUACCUCUAGCUACAAGAAGGCGAUUGCGGACAUCACGCAAAAGAUGGGAGCCGGCAUGGCGCGCUACGCCAAGGUCCACGCCGAGAGCGGUGGCAGGUUCUCCGUCGACACGCUCGCCUCGUUCGACCUCUACUGCCACUUUGUCGCCGGACUCGUCGGCGAAGGCCUGUCGCGUCUCUUUUCGGCCUCGGGCAAGGAAGCACCCGAGUUGGGCGAGCAAGUCUCGUUGAGUAACUCGAUGGGUCUGCUCUUGCAAAAGACGAACAUCCUGCGUGACUUCCGCGAGGACACCGACGAGGGUCGCGUCUUCUGGCCGGCCGAACUCUGGUCCAAGUAUGCCGACAAGCCCGAGGAUCUUUACGCGCAUGGGAACGAGCAAAAGGCGCUGUGGGCACUGAGCGAGAUGACGGUUGAUGCUCUGAGCCACGCGACCGAUGCGCUCGACUACCUGACCCUGCUGUCGAACCAGAGCGUCUUCAACUUCUGCGCGAUUCCUCAAGCGAUGGCGAUGGCGACCUUGCAGGAGUGCUUCAUGAACCCCAAGGUCUUCCACCAGAACGUCAAGAUCCGCAAAGGCUUGGCGGUGAGGUUGAUCCUCGAUGCAACGAACCCUCGCGACGUCGCCUACAUGUUCCGCGACAUGGCCCGUGCGAUCCACGCCAAAGCCGUGGCGAACGAUCCGAGCUUUAUCAAGAUCGCGGUUUUGUGCGGUCGGAUCGAGCAAUGGACCGAGACGAGGUACCCUUCCUUCAUCGAAUUGGGCAAACCGGUGCCCAAGUCGAUGGAGGACUGGCGACCAGGAAUGGACUCGAGGGUGCGUCAGUUGGCGCCGACCGAGGCGAUCCUCGCCGAGAGGAGAGAGAGGGCCGCGGCGAUGGAGGCGACCAAGAUGUCAAAUGAUGAUGUGAGUCCCUUGCUUGCAACGAGGAUUGUGGUUGUAGAGCCUGGAGUGGUUGCUAAAACUAGGCUUUGUCCAAUCCGCUCUCUUCUUUGCUUGCUCCAGUACAAGUUCCUCGCGUUGCUCUUGGGUGGUAUUGUGCUCUUGUUCCUGGUCUUGGCCGCGAUCGGUGGUGGGAUGAUGUGGUGGUUGUUCUUCCGGUGAGUCGAACGCUUCCUACUGCAUUUGUCUGUGAAAGCCCCAUUGACACUGACGGUCAUGACUUGCCCUCUGACUUUACUUAGAGAUGGCGCUCGAUUCGCCGUGAGUGGAAAUUAUGCCUUUGCUGAUCAAUAUUUUUGACACGUGAAGCUGAUGUUCCCAUUAAUUUGAUCGUGAAACAGGAGGACGUACUGGGCGAUCCAGAAGAGGUUGCGGCUAGGGUCAAAGAGAUCCUUCACCCCGAGUUCUGA